AUGUUCUGGGAUAUUGAGCAUCUGGGUAUUACGGACGGAAAUAGUAAUGAUGAAGGCGACGACAAAGUUAUUUGCCAAUUUAAGGAAACCGUACAGAAGGUUGGCGGAAGAUAUCCAGUCACUCUACCUUGGAAGAACGAUUUCGUCCUUAAUGAUAAUUUGGAAGUAGCCGAGAGUCGGCUCAACGGACUCCUAAAAAAGCUAAAGAGAAAUGGUUUGAUGCCAGAGUACGACGCUGCGAUGAGGAAGUACGCAAGUGACGGACAUGCGGAGAAGGUACUCGUCGAGUCAGAGAACGGGAAACAACCUCAGCAAGUCCAUUACAUGCCGCAUCAAGCUGUGGUCAAACAGGAAUCAGAAACCACAAAGCUUCGUGUUGUUUUCGAUGGAUCCUCGCAUGCACCUACCGUAGCUUCACUGAACGAUUGCCUGGAAAAAGGACCGAGUCUGAAUACGGAUCUUCUGCCGGUUUUGAUACGUUUCCGAAUGUACCGUAUCGCUCUGGCAGCAGACAUUGAGAAAGUCUUUCUUCAGGUUGAGGUCCAAGAAAGGGACAGGGACGCCUUGAGAUUUCUGUGGUGUCAAGAUGGUCCUAAGGAUUAUAUUUCCCAGAAUCCGAUGGAAGUAUGGAGAAUGAAACGUGUACCCUUCGGAACGACAGCGAGCCCCUUUCUUUUGGCGGCCACACUGAGACAUCACCUAGACAACGUCAAAGGGCAUUUCCAACGGACGGCACGGCAAAUUGCCAAUAGUUUCUACGUGGAGCACCUAUUGACGGGUUCAUCAACGGUGGAUGGAGCAAUAACGAUAUACAACGACGCUUCAUCUAUCCUUCAGGAAGCUGGCAUGAAUUUACGAAAAUGGAUUUCAAACUCAGAAGAGGUACGAAAACAGUUUGGUGAGCAAGACACCAACAGUAGACAAGAGAGAACCCUAAGUUGCAGCGAGGAUCGGAAAGUUCUCGGUAUACUGUGGGACACGUACGGUGAUACUCUCAAGGUAUCAGGCAAACGCAUGCUAGAGGAUGGCGUAGCGCUCAUUAGCAGUAAACGCGGAAUUCUGAGCGCAGCAGCGAAGCUGUUUGACCCUCUGGGCAUGCUCUCUCCGUUCAGCAUUCGAAUCAAAAUGCUGUUUCAACGUUUGUGGGAGGAGAAGCUUGAUUUGACACGCCUUUGA